GACAUGUGACUACCCACUUUUGGUCACAUGACCUGACACAUUUACGUUGACUCCGGGGUUCGCGACGUGGAAGGGUUUUUUUGGCGUUGUUUACAUCCACUUUUUGAAGCACUUAAAGCACCAGCACUGUAUGUUAUUUUGCUGCUCAAAUAGACGUCAUGACUCAGGUAAAGCUGACAACCGGAAGUGCACUUGCGACACUGUGGCUCCUUUUCCCCGCUGUCAUCACCUACUCUCCCACGAUUAAACCCCUGUUGUUUGAGGAGCAGUUGCUGUGGGUGAGCGGAAUGGAGGGGGAGGUUGACACCUACAGGAUCCCUCUGAUCACCUUCACCCCCAUGGGGAGCCUGCUGGCAUUUGCUGAGGCCAGGAAGUUCUCAUCCGCUGAUGUAGGAGCAAAGUUCAUCGCAAUGCGCCGAUCAGCUGACAAAGGAUCCACGUGGUCCCCGACCUCCUUCAUUGUCGAUGACGGGCUACAAUAUGACGGCUUGAACCUGGGUUCGGUGGUGGUCGACCAGGAAGUGGGCUCGGUCAUUUUGAUCUACACUCUUUGCUUCCACCAGUUAGACUGUGGGCCUGCUAGCACCAUGAUGGUAGAAAGCAAGGACGACGGCCUCAGCUGGACUUCACCCAAGAACCUUUCGAUCCAGCUAGGAGUUAAGAGUUUUUCUCCUGGACCCGGGUCCGGCAUCCAGAAGCGGUACGAACCAAACCAGGGAAGGUUGGUGGUGUGCGGUCAUGGAACACUGGCAGGAGAUGGCGUUUUCUGCAUCCUAAGCGAUGACCAUGGACGCACAUGGUUCAACGGUGCAGCUCUGAAAAGCAUCCCUUACAACCAAAAGAAGAGACCGCUGGACUUUAUGCCAGAUGAAUGCCAGCCCAUUGAGAUGACCGAUGGCAGCAUUGUCAUCAACAUUCGAAACCAGAACAACUACCACUGCAGGUGUCGUGUGGUGGUGCGAAGCCGGGAUGGCGGGUUGAGCCUGCCGAUAGACGACCUCUACUUUGACUACGAGCUUGUGGAUCCCGCAGUAGCGGCCGGAGCCUGUCGGAAAGAGGGGAUGCUGUUCUUCACCAACCCAUCCAACGAACAACAUAGAAUUAACCUUACCUUACGCUGGUCAGUCACUGACGGUAAGUCCUGGGAGAAGAACGCGCUGCAGAUUUGGCACGGGCCGAGUGGUUACUCCUGCAUCACGUCACUGGACAGCGGCUCUGCAGAAGACAGGAGACACAUCUUUGUCAUCUUUGAGAAGGGCCAAAAGGACUACGACGAGACGAUCUCCUUUGCCAAAAUCCACCUGUACGGAGGCCGGGAAAGCCCAUGAAUCAAAGGGUUUGACCACCGGAAGGAGGAAAAAAAAGGAACUAGGUUGGUUGCAGCCUUGACUUAUUCUCAGGAACAAACAAAAAAGACUAAAAAAAACCCACAUUAUUUAAAAUGUGAAAAUGGGAAGCUGUGCACGCUGAUAAACGCGGAUGAAAUGAUUGUUCUUCUUCUACCAUAAUCACUGCUUCAUUGUUUCCUUUUUAUUGGGAUGUCGUAAAGAAUGUUUUUAUUAAGAUCAAAAAAAUGUGUAAAAUUAUCGAACACAUUAAGGUCUUUUAUGUUGGGAACAUACUGUUUUAUACAAUACAAAAUAAUAAUGUGUUGAGCUUUGGUACAAUUAAGUCAUCAAUUGAAAGCAUUUUUGACCAGCUGAUAAACUUUACUUCACAAGAAUUUGAUUGGCACUUGUGUCUACUGUGUACAUGUUUGUGUUUCGACUCUUAUUGCCUAAAAUAUGCAAAUGUUCCAUCCAUUUAAGUGUCUUUAAAAAAAAAUGAAAGCCUUUUGAUGAAUGUGCUUUUGGAAUCUCCUCUCGAAUGGUUUUCUUUAAACAAUGGCAAUAAUUUAAGGUGUGUGCGUGUGCGUGUGCGUGUGCGUGUGCGUGUGCGUGUGCGUGUGCGUGUGCGUGUGCGUGUGUGUGUGUGUGUGUGUGUGUGUGUGUGUGUGUGUGUGUGUGGGUGGAUGGGUGCGUGCGUGUGAUACCAGGAAGGCACUCCUCCUGGUUGCGGAAUUGUUUUUAUAAUUUUGUGUUGGAGUCCUUUUUUAACACCUCUCUGAUCAACAAUUAAUAAUAAUUGGCUGUUACGAGCAUCUUUUGCAUUUAUUUUCAUCAUUGUAUUAUUUUAAAGAAUAUGUCAAACAUGUCCACUGUUACUAAACAAUAAAUUUUGUUCACAUGUUUUGUGGCAAACAAGUCUG